AGAAACAUAAUCGUGCAAUUAAAAAUCCGGAAGUGGUUUUAUUAAAAUGUAUGUUUUAAAAUAACGCCGGAUAUAUGUAUAUAUGUGUAUGUGAGGUUACAUGCUUACUAUGAAGCAUGCUAACUAUGAGGAAAUAAAUAUUUAUGUGCGUGUUUGCUACACAAAAGCCGUCUAUUAUUUAUGGUCAAAGAAGAAUCCUUAAGUUUGCGUGACUAAAUCCUGGCGCCGGACACUAAUAAUGGUACAAUUAAGGCUGUUAUGCGGCAACCUUCAAAUUGAUGAGAAAAACUUUAUGUAAUAAACAAAAAAAGUUCCGAGCUGACGAUACGAUACGAUAACCAGUAUGAAGUAAUAUAUGUAGUGAAUGCACAAAUACGAUUUGAAUGAGAUGAAAUAGUAAAAACUACAAAUAUGUAAAUAUAUGUAUAUUUGGCAAAGAAAAAUGCUCACCGUAAAUUUGAAACAAACGAAAAGCAUCAGAAGAAGAUAUUCCAAUAGCCUGCAGCGAUGUCAAUACUUAAUCGCAUGCAUCAAUCAAAUAAAGCGCUCAUAACUUUGACAAAGGAAAUAUACAUUGACAGUCUGCUCGCAAAUACUCGUACAUAUGUGUAUGUAUAGUAUAACUCUCACUUUAUCACACAAUCAAAUAGAGCUGUUGUUAACGGUCUUAGGGAGUUGGCGAGUUGGCGUCAAGGGUGGAUGCUUUCACUUGUUCUGUAAAUUGAUUGUUUUUAUACAUAUGUUGUAUAUAUACUCGUAUACAUGAACGACUAUCUAUGUAUGUAUAGGCAAUAUGUACAAUAAGCUAGCGGAAAUUUGUACUUUCCCGACGAAACUUAGCAACUGAUUACAAUCAAUUGAACAAAAAAGAAAAAAAACAAUUUUAAUUAAACAUAAAUGCAAGGAAAAAUAUAUUAUUUACGCAAACAAAGGCGUAUUUUGUAAUAUAUACACGCACAUAUUUAUGCAGUAUGGGGGCGAACUCUUCGAGCAGAUCAGAUGCCAGUCUGCUCAGCGAUGAUGAUGUCAAUUUUGAUCAUUUUCAAAUAUUGCGCGCCAUUGGAAAGGGUAGUUUUGGCAAGGUGUGCAUCGUACAAAAGCGUGAUAGCGGCAUACUUUAUGCCAUGAAAUAUGUUAGUCGUUCGGCGUGUGAAUCACGUGGUGCACUAGGUGGCGUCAUCAAGGAGGUAGAAUUGCUUGCAUCGGUGGAGCAUCCAUUUCUUGUGAAUUUGUGGUUUUCAUUUCAAGAUGAGGAGGAUUUAUUUAUGGUUUGUGAUUUGCUGACUGGUGGUGAUUUAAGAUAUCAUCUGCAAAAUAGGGUGGAAUUCAGCGAAAAAAGUGUUGCCUUAUUAGUGUGCGAGUUGGGAAGUGCUUUAGAAUAUUUGCAAAAGCAAAGGGUCAUACAUAGGGAUAUAAAGCCAGAUAAUAUUCUAUUGGAUGGUGAAGGUCACGCACACUUGACUGAUUUUAAUAUAGCGACGAGACUGCAAAAGGAUGGACUGGCAUGCAGCAUGUCUGGCACCAAACCAUAUAUGGCACCAGAGGUGUUCAUGUGCGCAUUAGAGGAGAUUGCUGGCUACAGUUACUCGGUGGACUGGUGGUCACUGGGCGUAGUUGCGUACGAAAUGCGCGCCAAUGUGCGACCCUUCGUUGUCCACUCGAACACAGGACUGGCGGAGGUGAAACAUAUAUUGACGACGCCGGUGCAUUAUCCACGUUAUUGGAGCCAUGAUUUCAUCGACUUGCUAACUAAACUGCUCAAUGUGCACCCAGGGGCGCGCAUUAGCUCCCAGCAGGAAUUGCAACAGACGCCACUCUUACGCUAUAUGAACUUCAAAAGUAUACUGGAGAAAAAGUCCAAACCGCCUUUCAAACCACCCGAAGAUCAUCUCAAUUGCGAUCCAUGCUUGGAAUUGGAAGAAAUGAUUGUGGAAACACGUCCUUUGCACAAGAAAAAGAAACGCUUGGCCAAGCAGCGUUCGGCACAACGUGACAGUGAUCCCGAAACGGUGCUUAUCAAAGAGUUCAUUGUCUACAAUCGCUACAAAGAGUUAAGACGAAAGGCCAUGGAGAAGAAAGAAAACGAUUGGCAACGCGAGCUUGAACAUGCCAUGGCCAAUUCUAUCGUCACUAGCUUAGCACCUAUACAGGAAAAACCAACAACUAUGCACCUUAGUUGUGAUGGUGACGAUGGUGACGGUGUUGGCGGGGAUACAACGACAAAUGGAAAUGCUACAUUAGACACAACAACAGCUGACGGUUGUAGCUCUACCACCAAUGUAAUAGCAAAUAAAUCAAAUUGUACGGUAGCAUCAGCAGCGUCGCCAUCAGUUGUCACAUCGAAUUCGUGCACGUCAGCAGUUGUAGGUACGACGUCGUUGCCUCCGAUUUGUACGAAAUGUCCACAACACAGCCCAAUUCAUGGAACUACGCCAACGCAGCAAUCAAAAAUAGAAAACACAACAAUCACAAAAGAUACUGAGACCAUAGAGUAUAUUGAUCGUACACCCUCGCCUUCAACAACCCACGGGAGCGCUAUAAGGACUCCUGAGGUGGUGAGAAAAAGUGGGGAAAAUGAAAAUGCGGGUGUCGUGUAGACCAAACUCUAUGAAAUCGCGAAUUUUCAAUCACGAUCAUAACAUUAUCGAGAAGCGUAGUGUAGUGGAAGCCCCGUAAAUGUGGAGUCCGACAUUACAAUAAUUAUAAUUAUAAUCGAGUUGUUCGAGCUGACUUUGUAUUAGCUUAAGAUAAUGGCAACGACAUUGGUUCAACAUUUGCCGAAAUCUCGAUUCGAUGUACUCGUAUUUAGUGAGAUGAGGCAAAAUUUUAACAUGUUCUGAACGCAAAUUCUCUUAUUACACUGUCCUCUCUACCAAUUUCGGACGAAGUGUAGUAGAAACCUUGUGAAGGUUAAUCUAAAUUAAUCUAAAUGAAUCCUCGAAAAAAGGUAAUCAGUUUUCAGAAAAAAAAUUUAAAAAAAAACACUGUUUCAUAAAAACCCUACACAAGAUUAUGAAAUUCUGGUAGCAAAGGGUGCUCUUCAAUCUGAACUUGAAGUUAUCUGUCAGAAUAUGGAGUCAUCUAAAUAAUUUAUUUUACAAUAUCCCUAUGAAUAAUAUGAUAUCCUCAGUCAGCUUUAUUAGUCAUGUUGUUGUUUAUGAAAUGUAUGAAAUGAGCAACCGACUCUAUGCCACCGAAUGGAGGUUCUAGUAAAGGAACGAACCAAAGGGAAAGAGUGUUAGGAUUAGGGGCUUAAGAAUUUACCCGUGGUAAGGCAUGCCUGUCGUAAGAGGCGACUAAAAUCCAAUA